AUGGAAUUCAGUACACUUUGGAAACCAUGUUUAAUAAAUAAUCAGCUUUGGUAUGUUAAUGUUUACGAAUCUGGGGAAAAUGAAAUGUUCUAUAUGUUUUUUAUUGAUGACAAAAAUGAAAUUGUGAGAAUGUAUAUUUUACAUUAUUUUGAUAUUAUGCAAAAUUUAGGGGCUGUAUAUGUUGACAAUUCUAAUAAAAGUGUUGGAGAGCAAUUAUUAGAUACUAUAAGAGCAAAUAGUGUAGAUGCAUUUAAUAGUGUGAAUGAAAGAGUGAUGAAUUUCAAUUUUAAAGUGACUGAAAAUACUGAUAUUAUUAUUGAUAUGGAAUCUGAUGAUGAGAGUAAUAGAUUAUUAAAUAGAGAAGUGGUCUUUUAUGUUUUAAGUAGUUAUUCUGAUCAAUGUUCUAAUUUAAAUAAUAUGAUUAAUAAUAUUUCUAAAGUUAUUCAUUGCAAAGAUAAAUUACAAGAUGAACCUCAAGAUCAAAUUAAAAUUGAAUAUCCAGAAAUGGUUAAUCAACCAAGGAUUUACCAUAAUAAUACUAGCUUUUUACCGUUCAAUAAAAAAGAAUGGAUUAAAUCUCAAUCUAAAUCUUCAAAUCAAUCUAAUCUUGAAGAUCCUACUAAUCUAAUGAACAAACUUAAAAAUUAUGAUUAUACAAGACCUUACGAUAAUAAACAAAUUAAUAAUGAUAAUUUACCACGUCGAACAACUAAUGUGUCAUUAAAACGCAAUCUUGAUGAUGCUUUUGAAAGUUCUCGAAAGAAAAGAGAAUAUUAG